AUGACCGUAUCCGACCGCGAACUAUGCCUCACUCCUACACAAGGCUUAGCAACACUUACAAAAUACUAUCCCACGAAGAUACCCGUACACCAUCAUCAGCUGCGCCAUUUUAUCAGUGCCUCCGAUGCUGAUUUUAUCUACUAUGCCACAAACUACGACGUUUUCGUCCUCGAUCUCAAGACACAGCAGAACUCCCUGCUGGCGACGAUCCCGUUCGAGGCAAGAUGUCUAGCUGCAGAUCUGGGAUGGGUAUGCGUGGGAGGGGAGAUGAACGGCGAUUGCGCCUUUAUCAAGGUUGAAAAAGACGAACACGGCCAUCCGAAGUGCUUCGGUCAUGAUUUGUUGGUGUAUUUCAUGGGAGGCGAGAUUGUCAACUCGAUGAGUAUACACGCCAUGGUCCACAAGGGGAAGGUUCCGGAUGAAACCGUGGUGUUGAUCAGCAACAAUGACAAAACGGUAAAGCUAUACUCCCUCGCGCAACGGAAGCUUUUGGCUACUUUGCCCCAUAACGUACCCAUGAAUUACGCUACAAUGUCACCGGAUUCAGACAUCAUCGCCGCCGUCGGUGACUCCGACCGGGUCUACUUCUAUCGACGUUAUCCCGAGGAGGAUGCUAAGGACGCCCAAGUCUCUGUUCAAUAUCCUACAUAUCAAUGGAAAUCGAUCUCUGAGGUGGUCGUUCCCACCGGAGAUAUUGUUGACGCCGACUUCAGCUUCGCUGUCGCGUUCUCACCUUCUGGCCAUUUAUGCGCUUCCUCCUCCCAGGGUGGCUCAAUAUCGGUCUUUGACGUCGAAACGCUUCUCCGCGGUGAUGGCGUGCCUGAAAAAUCGAUAAUAUGCACCUUUCGCUCAUCUCGGUCUACUCUAUGGGGUUGUGUAAGGGCAAUGGCAUUUUCACCUGCACCAUGGGACAUCCUUGCUUGGGCCGAAGACCACGGAAGAAUCGGGCUAGCAGAUGUCAGGCAAUGCUUUAUGCGAAGACAAGUUGUGCACCUGGACAGGCACGAGACAGAGAUAGUGGAUAUGGAAAACGGCACCCCGGUGGCUUAUCGGAACCUCGGCGUCAAGGAACGUCUCAAACAACAGCAUCUUGCUCGCAUGAGGGCUAUCAGGGGAUUGUCUCCUCAACAGGCAGAGGCAGAACUGGGUCUUGGAGAUGUCUCAGAUUCCAACGACCGAUAUAGUCGACAUGACCUGUUAACGUAUCAUCAAGGUCUUGAUCUUGGUGCUCAAGAAAGAUCUGUCAUUGAGGCACUGGAAACCACCUUGCACAAUGUAAGACGUCUCGAUGCCUCGCUCGACAGUCUUGACGCAGCUACAAAUCUCCAAUAUGUCUCUUCACCCCGACCAAGGAGCUCGGGCGACAUCAGACGAGGCUACGACGUGCAUUUGUUGAAUCCUACAUCUGCUCCAACGACUUCCCGGUCUUAUCAACCGCGGAGGAGAACGUCGGUGGUAUUUUCGCAACCUGGCGGCGAUGCAGGGCGACUUUUGGACCCAAAUGAGAAUCAAACAAGUAGGCUCUCUGCUUCUCCUGGCCGUAUUGGCGACGAUCACGACUCAUCCGACUCGAACCCUACACCACCCGUGCCGUCAGGUAAUAUUCCGCCAGGAGACCCUUGGCAUGUAAUACAAUCUGCGUUGCAGACUGCUCGAGAAACGGACAACAACCGAGCAAGUUUGUUCCGUAUUGAAGCAGCUCUAGAGGCAGAGAGACGACUUGGAAUGCAGCUCGAGCGACAACUAGCAGAUGAGCGACAGUUGUCAACUUUACUUCGCAGGCAGCUCGACACACAACAACGAUUGCUCCAAGAGAACUCGACUCAGUUGGAGCAAUUUCGUGAAGCAUCCAGGGAAUCUAAUGCCCAUCUGGUGGCUUCUCUAGAGCGAUUAUUGCAGAGACAACUUACCAACGAAGAGCAGUUUCUACAACAGCGGUCUCAGGAGUUGCAAAGAGAGCUCGAUGUCGGGGAAAGUUACGCUCGCAGACUCUCAACCGAGCGAGCUCGACUAUUAUCGGACAGAGCACAUGGCGAGGCGACAGAUGACAGCGAGCCAAGUUCCGCGAGGACGACCACAUUGCCUACCUCCACCGUGUCUCCUGCUGAUACGGACAACAGCCUUUCCCGCGUCUUGACAGACUACACCGAAUCAAGACAGCAAAGACUUGCGCACAUUGAGAAUUUGCAACGACAGGUCCGUCGUGCCGAGUCGCGUGUGGCCCUUGCCACCAACGACAUCCAAGCUCUCGAAAACGCCAUUCGGCGCGAAGUUGCUCGCUCAAGCAAUACCGAAUCGGCUAGUGACGAGGCUGAUGUAAGGGUCCAUAGAGCAGCUUCCAGCUCUGGAACAAGUCGUCGCACUGGGGUAAAUCAGCAUGACGGCAGCCGGACCACAACGCGACGUGGUCAACCGUCAAUUGCUCAACUCCGUGAAGCCCGGAUGGAGCGCGUCUCAGAACUGGCAGGCCGCGUCCCAGAUGCAGAAGUCCGUCUUGCUCGAAUGAUGUACAUGUCUGGUAUGUCCAGCAACAGGUCUCUCGAUGGAAACGGCAACUGGACACCUGGAUCAAGCUUCGCGAGGGUUUUGGCAGGAGCAUCGAGACUCGCUGGCACCGGAGGGCCGUCCCUUCCAUUGACAAACUCUGCCGAGGAUGCAAUGCGCGAAAUGGGACCGGGUACCGCUGGGAUCGGGUUCAGCCCUGACGGUCGAUAUCUCUACGCGGGAUCCGAGGAAGGCGUGUUUGAACUGAAGAUCAACAUGCGCGAUCGUAUGACCUUUCCCGCAUUUGAGAUGCGAUGA